UGUGGCUGGUUUCCAAUUUCAAAAUGCCGUUAUCCACUUCCCCAACGGCUCCUGCUCUUCCAUUCUCAUCUCCUUCUCAUUCAAAACCAAAGGGCUCUUGUCAGAGAUGGUUUUCGAUAAAGAAAGAAGUGAACGUCUGCAGUGGAAGAAUUCAUUUUAACAGGAAAUCAAGAAAUGGUGAUUUUGCAAUAAAUUCAGCAUCUAGAGAGAGCAGUCCAUCGGUUGGAUUUGAUGUACAAUUUCCCAAGGAUUAUGCUGAGCUUCUUCAACAAGCUAAAGAGGCAACUGAAUUAGCUGUGAAGGACAACAGGCAGCUCAUGGAAAUUGAAUUUCCUACUGCUGGAUUGGGAUCUGUGCCAGGUGAUGGUGAAGGGGGUAUAGAAAUGACCGAAAGUAUGGAACUAAUCCGUGAGUUCUGUGACCUCUUCAUAACUCCUGAGAAAGCCACAAGAACCAGAAUAUUCUUCCCAGAGGCUAAGGAAGUUCAAUUUGCAAGAAAUUCAGUUUUUGGGGGAGUCUCAUUUAAGUUGGAUUAUCUGACAAAGCCGUCAUUUUUUGAGGACUUUGGUUUUGUUGAAAAAGUUAAGAUGGCUGACCGAGUUAAGCCAGAAGAUGAGCUUUUUUUAGUUGCUUAUCCAUACUUUAAUGUCAGUGAAAUGCUUGUGGUCGAAGAACUGUACAAAGAGGCUGUGGUAAGCACCUCUCGGAAACUGAUCAUAUUUAAUGGAGAACUUGACCGGAUAAGAUCAGGGUAUUAUCCACCAUUCUUCUAUCCAAAGCUGGCUGCACUUAACAAGACUCUUUUGCCCAAAAUGGAGACUGUAUACUACAUUCACAAUUUUAAAGGACACAAAGGGGGAGUUCUAUUCAGGUGCUACCCUGGCCCAUGGAAAGUGCUUAGGAGAACAAGAAAGGGAUAUAUUUGCUUGCAUCAGCAGGAUUUGAUGCCAUCCCUCAAGGAAGUGGCAUUAGACAUCCUUCCAUCAGCUUAAUAUCUCCUUGUUAAACUAUUAGCUAAUAUUCUGCUGUAUUCAUUUCCUUGGGAGAAAAGAAGAGUUAAAGCUCUACCUACUUCUGAUGCAUAUAGCAUCUUGUCUUUGGAAUAGAAGACGCAAAAUAUUUUACUAGCUACACCAACGAGUCAAUGAGAAGUUCCCUGUAAAAAUCUUUGGUUGUUGUUAUCAAUGUUAGGCUGUAAAAAUCUUUCCUUCUUCUUCUUCUCUCUAGGUAGUUCUGGUUUCAGUGAACACAGAGGUGAUUCAGAACUAGAGCACCAUUUAGCUUUUAUGCAAGUUGUCAAUUGUCAUACAACAGGUACGUUGUUGGUUUCAUUUUGAUAGUUGAUUUUCUCUACGAGAAAGACUUUUCUGAAUUGAUAGUGCUGUUCAUUGUUGUCUAUUGCUACACCAAUGAGUGUAUUUUUUUUUUUUUUCCUUCUAAGUAGUUACACUGAGAAGGAAUUCUUGUGCUCCUUCUAAGUAGUUACACAGAGCACCGAUGGUGUAAGCGUGUGUAUGAUGAAAACUUCAAUGUCAGUUCUGUGAAUACUGUGAUGUACUGUUUCCAGCAAUAUUUGGCCUGCAGCUUGUUCAGUCUAAUCUGUACAUAACUUCUUUU